GCUGCUGCUCACUCAGCUGAAGACCCCUACCCAAGGACAGAUGUGAAUCCCUGCUACAGGGUGAACGUUACCUCCUGCAACUAGCAAAAACCUGCCACUGACCUAGGAUCCUGCCAAGAAGGAGGUCCUUUACUACUCUGCUUCUCAGCGUUUGGCCUCAGGCGAUCACCAGAAGAGCCAACCUGCUCUGCAGAAAGACGCUCUGCAAGAGAAUAAGAAAGGUUACACAACAAAUACCAAUUUCAAGUCAGUGUAUGAACCUCAGUUCAACUACAACAUGUGGAAGUGCAGUCGGUGUUACUCUCAGCCUAGCUGCUCAGGGGAAAAGUACUACUUCUCCAGGAAUAUUCCCCAUCCCAGGACGGUCUGUCACAUGCCAGGAUUAAACAAUGCUCCAGUCUGUGUUGUAAGAAGCAGCUUUUCAAGAGAACAUGCAUCUGCUGGCAACACAGGCAUCCCCAAGCAAGAAGCUGAUCAAGAACAUGUGCUAACUGGGAAAGCCACAAGGAACACAUCUGCCAACUGCUACCUUCCAAAGCUCGAGAGCUUCAUGCAAAGGGAGAUAAGCACUUCACAGUCCGUGACACAAGGACGUGCAGAUGUUCCUAAAAGGAUUCAAAAUAACCCUGCUUCAUCUGAAAAGCUUUUGAAAAAACGAUUCCAAGCCUCUGCACAACCUGCAAAUAGACAGGGAAUCCAAGCCGCGCCUCUCACCCAGCCUUCCUCUCCAUUCGCCAACUUGCAUUACAGUCCUUGCAUCCAGGAGAACUUGAGCUGCCUGGAUCGAGGUAUAAAGGUGCUGGAAAAACUCAGCAAAAUUUUGAGGACAGAUUCGCUUACCGAGAUCCAAAAAUGGUUCACAAGGGCAAGUAAGAAAGAGAAAGACUUCGUGUCCAAUCUGAUUUACUCAGAACUGACUGACAAAGGUGGGCUGAACUCUAAGGAAGGUACGGCAGAGAAUGUGAAUAUCCAGAGUUUGCUAAAGCCCCUCCCUUGUCUUCAGAGAGGUCCAGAAGGGGAAAUUAAUCGGUCCAGGUCUUCAGCUGAAGACUCAGGGACAAGUCAAAACAUGAAACAGGAAAGAGAGAAAGAAUGUCUAUUGCUCUCAAACGCUGAGAAUAGAGGUCCAGCACAAGCAGACACACUGUUCCCAGGGAAGAACCGCAACUGAGAAAGCACUAUGGAAACAAGAGACCAUCCUGCCUUCCCACUCUAUCAGAAGUCCCACCUGUGCCACAGCCACCCCCAAACAACUGAUAUUCCCUUUCCUGUGGAGGCCCCCCUAUUCAGAGCUAUUGAAGCAUCUCCCAGUCACCUUCACAUACAGAAAUAUGAAAUUUUAGCACUUAUAAAGAUAUCUGUUCAGACUACCUGCUAAAAUAAUUUUAUGCUCAUUAUAUUUAGUCCUCAAGCGAUUCAACCAAACCAUGCUGCAUAGGUACAUGAGAAGUGAGCUAAAUUAAAAAAAAAGGACAGAGGCAA